UGGACUGAAGGAUGACCGCCAAAACUGGCAAAGGGAAAUAGGAUCAGUGGGAAUAUCCGGUGAGAAGAUAGUACAGUCAUCAAGGAUGGAAGAAGGGUCAGGUUGGGCUCUGACUCAAGUUCCGACAUUGCUGUUGCUGUUGCUGUCGUUUCGCUCGCUGUCGUCGUCGUCGAUUGCUGUUGUCGCUGUUGUCGCUGUUGUUGCCGUUGCCGGUAGCAUCAUUGGAGCCUGGGGCCUACGUGUGAUAGACCUGGUGUAGUAUCGGGAUUAUUCUCUACCCACUUUGCUCUGUAUAUCAUGACCUGGCCCUCAGAGUCAAAGGCAGGGGCACCGUUGACCAACAAUUGGUGGUUGAUAGAUUUGUCAGAUAUAAACGCACCAAAGGCCGGCCUUUGCCAAUGUUUCGGGCGGCGAGCCACAAGCUCUGUUGCCUCCUCCACCUGUUCAGCUUUGGACAUAUGCUCUUGUUUCCAACCUGCUGCAAUUCGAAUACUAGCCAUAGUUGCAUUAUCGGGCGUCACAUCGUUGCAAGUGUCGAAUAUGGCAGCAUGGCACCACAAUAUGAAGUUUCGUACUUCGUACAGGGCAUCAUCGUCCAAGUUGACAAGACCUGCAUAUCCAAGACUGGCCGGCCGUGAUUCAAUGUCUCAUUAUUGGCUCGUCGAGGAGUUGUGGACCAAACGUUUGAUCUGUCACCUUCCCCCUGCGAAUCCCCAGCGCUUGCAAGCGCCCGCUCAUCCCAAACUGGCUGGGACGGGGAUAGCUGAGAUCACUGGGAUUGGAUGUGAAGGUGCACGGAUGCCGGCCGGUCUAUUUUUGAUGUUGUGAUGGGCUUGGGGGCCGGAGAGACGGGGGAAGAAAGGACGGUCAACCUCGGUGUAACAUCAGAUAAUGAUGUUAAAAUAGCUGCAAUAUAGGGGAUUAAGCGCUGUUCUAUUAUGGUCGCCGUGAGGUGAGAGAUUUCCAUUUUAAGAGCGCUGGGGAGAGAGAUGACAGGGAAUCGGCAUGGUAGCUGUGCUGUACGAUACGGUGCCUUCAUCAUAGUGCAGCACACAGAUACUGUGCCUGUCUGUGUCUGUCUCGGGGUUGUCCAAAGAAGGCGCACUGUGCAUACUGAACUAGAGAGAAUAUGUUGGUAUGUUGGUGAGGUUGCAUCCCCGGCCUGUUGGAAGUGGAGAACCUGCUUGUUUACUGGGCCUCACCUCCACAGGUGGCGGCCUGUUUCAGCGGCGGUGCUUAAUUGUUUAUUUUCGACCAUCUGUCGUUGUUUUGAUCGCCCUGUUUUUGGUUCUUGGGGAAUUCGUUUCAAGAUCUGCGCCGUGCCAGUGUGCCUUGCGCUUUCUUAUAGAUAUCCCCUCUUUCUGCCUCCUCGUUUCGAACUCCAUCCGUAACUUUUCACUAGGUCUGCGGCUUCAUUACUUUCCUUCAUUUUGGGUAUUUGGUCUGGAUUGUCUUUCAAGCCACCCACGGAGCUUUUACUAUCUCCCUCACACUUGCUCUUAAAGAACCGCCUCCGCAAAGGAAAUACCCAUACAGUCAAUAUGGCUAUCCAAAAAUCCCGCAUCUCCGGGCCCGUUGGAGUCGCUCCUACGCCGAAGGUGAAGGCAAAUGCACUCCCUUUACAACACACCGAGGCAUUCGAAUACAUCUCCUCACGCUUGAUCCGGAAACACAUCAACCUCUCCCUAGUCCUCGUGAGAGAAGACACCCCGCUGCCCGCCGCUCCCAGCCCACCUCUCGAGCCGGAGUCUCCUUCUUCACCGACCUCAUCAUUCUUCAGCCGUCUCUCACCAACUCAAUCCUCCUCAUCUGUCUCGUUGGCCUCCUCUGCCUCCUCUGCCACACCAUCAUGGCCACUAUCAACGCCAUCCUCGCCCGUCUCCCCGCGCUCACCACGCUCCCUCUUCUCUCCCCGCAUCUUCUCGCUACCCUCCUCACCACUAUCACCACGCUCCCUCUUCUCUCCCCGCAUCUUCUCGCUACCCUCCUCACCACUAUCACCACGCUCCCCAACACACUCCAUGCACUCAACCGGGACAUCCAUCAGCACCAUCCCGCCCCUCACCAUCCCCAGCACCCCCCACCCCGUCAUCACCCUCCUCCACGCCAUCCCCCCCACCCCCAAAGCCGCCGCAACCCUCACAAAAAUCCUGCACAAAGCCUCCCUCCGCUUCCCCUUCCGCUUCGCCGUCCCCGCCGCCCAACCAACCCUCACCCACCGCUCCCUCCACCAAAACACCAUCCUCUUCUCCUCCGAAGGCCUCACAAUCCUCUCCCUCGACCGCAUCUACACCCUCAAGCACGCCCUGGCAACCUACUCCCGCCUCCUCUCGACCGGUGCCUCCGCCCCCGCCAUCGCCCUCGCGCUCGCCCGCGCCCUCAGCGAGCUCCGCGCUCUCAUAUUCGCACAGUCCGGCAGGCCCGUCGCGAACACCUACCUCCAGCGCGCAUACGACCAUCUGCGCGUCUCGCCGUUCGCGCUGCGGCUUGUGAAUGCCGCGUUCGCGGCGCUGUAUAAGGGGGCCCAGGUGCCGAUUUCGGGAGUGCCAGAAGAGGCGCUGAGGCUGGCGGCGCCGCCGACGCCGAGGGAGAGGAGGGAGAGGGAGAGCGGGGCGACGGUGAGGAGUUGUAGGGGGCCGUAUUGUAGGGGGCCUGUUACGCCGGGGGGGUGGGGGGAUAUUACGCCGGUGACGAGGGGGGAGUGGGGGUUUGUGGUUGGGGGGUGGAAGGGGAGGGGGGCGGUGGAAACUUGUUAG